CUGUGUUUUUGUUCGAAUUGAUAACAAUUCGAAUAUGAGUUGUAAAAAUGAGCGCACGAAUUCGUAGCGCUAUCUGUGAAAAAAUUUCACUGGCAACACAAAUUGCUCAUAAUGUAUACUACGAGUUGGAAGUACCGGCAAAACAGUCUGCAAUACUACAUUGGACUCCACCGCCUAGCGACAGAAGCAAUGAAUUACUUCAACUAAUACCAAACUUGCAAUAUGACAAAUCACUUAUUAAAACGGUGAAUCUAUUACCAGCAAGUGGUAAAGUUCCAGCUCGUGUGGAAUUUCAACUACAAAUGCAGUCAUUUGCAGAGUUAUUACUGCAGGAUAAUGGUGAAUCUGCGCCGCGGUUAGAAUCUCAUGUGGUAUUCGAUUAUAGUUCUCCCAACAUAGCCAAGCCGUUCCAUGUCGGUCACUUACGUUCCACAAUAAUCGGAAAUGUACUCUCUAAUUUGCACCAGCAUUUAGGUUAUCGUGUAACACGCAUCAACUAUCUUGGCGAUUGGGGUACGCAGUUUGGUAUGCUACAUUUAGGUGUUCAAAUGCUUGGUAUAACCAAUGAGCAGAUGCGUUCCAAACCAAUUGAAACACUAUAUUCCGCGUACGUAGCUGCCAACACUUUAGCCAAAACAGAUGCCAAUAUUACGGAGAAAGCAAGAGAAUGCUUCACAAAUCUGGAAAAUGGAACUGACGCUGAAUUGGCGCGGCAGUGGCAGGAAUAUCGGAAAUACACUGUGACAGAAUUAGAGCAAGUUUAUGCGCGGUUGGGUGUACAUUUCGAUCAAUAUGAUUGGGAGUCGCAGUACUCGCAACGACAAAUCAGCGAUGUCUUAGAGCGCUUGCAAGAACAAGCUCUUUUGCUAGACGAAAGCGAUGGAAGAAAAGUGGUUAAAGUGGAUGGAAGACGUAUACCGGUAGUGAAAAGUGAUGGAUCCAGUUUAUAUUUAACUCGGGACAUAGCAGCUGUGCUGGAUCGGUUUCGACGUUAUAACUUUGAACGAAUGUAUUAUGUGGUUGAUAAUGGGCAAGCGGAUCAUUUUAAUGCGCUUUUCAAAACGACAGCCGCUUUGACAACCGACAUAUCAUUAGAUCGGAUGGUCCAUAUAAAAUUCGGACGAAUACAUGGCAUGAGUACGCGUAGCGGCAAAGUAGUUUUUUUGCGGGACGUACUUGAUGAAGCGCGAGAUUUAAUGCUGGAAAAGCAAUUGCAAAGUGCUACAACUAAAGUGGAAUUGUCCAGUUCAUCCAGUGAUUAUAAAACUAUUGCCGAUGUACUAGGUGUGUCUGCGGUUAUCACAAAUGAUCUGAAACAACGUAGACAACGUGACUAUGACUUCGAUUGGAAAAAAGCGUUACAAGUGAGUGGCGACACGGGAAUAAAACUGCAAUACACACAUUGCCGACUGCAUAGCUUAUUACAGAAUCUAAAGCAUAUUGAUACCUCCAACUGUAAGGUGGAUGUAGCGCAGUUGUCAGAGCCUGAAGCGCAAAACCUAUUACAUGAAAUAGCGCGAUUUGACCAAGCUGUGUGGAUGUCGAAGAAACAAUUAGAAGUGUGUAUACUGGUGAACCACUUAUUCACACUUUGCAACUCAACUAGUCGUGCUUUGAAGCGCUUAAAUGUCAAAAAUGAAGAAUGCCUUAGUAAACAACAAAAUCGUUUGCUCCUAUUCAGUGCCGCUAAACGUAAUCUAAACACAGGCAUGCGUAUACUUGGAUUACGGCCACUUGAACAAAUGUAGUUUUCGUUAAGUUUUGCAAAAUAUUUUUUUUUUUUGUGUGUACGUUAUUGUUACAAAUGUGCUCUGAAAUAUAGAUUUUAUUGAA